GAACCAGGAAGGCGCUGAGCUUAAACUGAGGCAAGUUGGGAGGACGCCGGCGGCGCCCUCGCCCAAAGACGCGUUUCCCGGUCCGCGGCCCCUGCAGGUCCACGCGAGGGGUGAGCCCGACGACCUAGACCCAGAAAUGGGACGUCGGUCAUCAGAUACUGAAGAAGAAAGUAGAAGCAAGAGAAAAAAGAAACACCGCAGACGCUCAUCCUCGAGCAGUUCUUCAGAUAGUAGAACCUACAGUCGCAAGAAAGGUGGUAGGAAAUCAAGAUCAAAGUCCAGAUCUUGGUCCAGAGAUCGUCAGCCCCGUUCACAUUCUUAUGAUAGAAGACGCAGACAUCGGUCAAGCAGUAGCUCUUCUUAUGGCUCUAGAAGAAAACGAAGUCGAAGUCGUUCAAGGGGUCGUGGGAAAUCCUACAGAGUUCAGAGGUCUAGGUCGAAAAGCAGGACGAGAAGGUCCAGGUCGAGACCUCGUCCACGUUCCCAUAGUCGAAGCAGCGAAAGGUCGAGCCAUAGAAGAACCCGCAGUCGCUCUCGGGACAGAGAAUGGCGUAAAGGCAGAGAGAAAGAGAAAAGAGAAAAAGAGAAGGAUAAAGGCAAGGACAAGGAAUUACACAACGUAAAACGUGGGGAAUCUGCAAACAUCAAAGCUGGAUUAGAACAUCUGCCACCAGCAGAGCAGGCCAAAGCCAGACUACAAAUGGUUCUUGAGGCUGCUGCAAAAGCUGAUGAAGCUUUAAAGGCCAAAGAAAGAAAUGAAGAAGAAGCAAAGAGGAGAAAGGAGGAAGACCAAGCCACCCUGGUAGAACAAGUAAAAAGAGUAAAAGAAAUUGAAGCAAUUGAAAGUGACUCUUUUAUUCAGCAGACAUUCAGAUCCAGUAAAGAAGUCAAAAAGUCCGUGGAACCUACUGAAGUGAAACACGCGACUCCGGCAUCAGGACCAGCGUCAGUACUUGCUGAUCCACCCAGUGCUGAAAAAGAAAUCGACACCACCAGCAUCCCUACUGCAAUCAAAUACCAAGAUGACAAUUCCCUGGCCCACCCAAAUUUAUUUGUUGACAAGGCUGAUGCUGAGGAAAAGUGGUUCAAGAGAUUAAUUGCACUCCGACAGGAAAGGCUCAUGGGCAGUCCAGUGGCGUAAGCAAUACCCGUGUGACUCAAGUGACAAAAACAUCCUGAAGUUCGAUUUUAAAUCCCAGGAUUAACUUUUCACUCUUAGAAAGGAUUUUUAUCAGAUGAAAUCUCUCCUUUCUCUCUUGUAAGCUUAGAUAUUUGUUGAUUGGAAUUAAAUAAAGCAUUUUGAAUAUUACACUUACUAUAAAACUGAAGCCGCGCGAGGGUGUAACGGUAUUAAGAGUCGUACAGAUGGCAACACUAAAUGGCUCCUGGUGUUUCUUAGUGCGAUUUGUAAACUGUCCAAUUGUCGUUUACACUUAAUCCUAGCCAAAGCACCAAGAAGUGAUCAUAUUAUCAUUUUAAUGUGUAAUUUUAUUAAUAAUUAAGCAUGUGUUAAGAAUCCAAUUAUUUGCUGAGAUUCCAACUUCCAUGUUAUGAAAGGAUUUUUGAUUCCUUAAUUUCAUCUUAUUAUAAAUUUUCAUCACAAUGUAAGUACCCUAAGUAACCCAAGUAAGAUAAACAUGCUUAUUGAAAAUAAAACAAAAUAAAAUAAAAUAAAAGGGUAAGUUUUGCUUAAAGAUUCCAUGUGCCAGAUACUCCCUUUGAAACAGGCUGGCUGAUGUGGCUUAUUUUUCAGAAAUUAUGCUAGACCUAACCUGUUGACCAAACACCAUAGUGGGGAAAUAAUUUUGAGAAAAUUGGUAAGAGUUCUCACUUCAGUCUUAGCCAUUUGUUCGCUGCAGGGGAAGCAGCUCCGAGUCCCUUGGUGAGGCUGCCAGUGUAGAAUGCCUUUGUCUGAGAGAAUAGCAAAUUACUGUGCAUUUCGUACUGAACCUCCAGGGAUCAGGGCUUGAGGCCUUACUUUACCAAACUGGUUUCCAACAGCGGACAUGACUAUUUCCCUUUACUAUUUUGUUCUAUAUUCCAUUCUCACUCUCAUUAAGUUUCUUUAACGAACACAAGAUAAACAUGAAAAGUCUUUGGAAUUGGAGCACCAACGUGAAGGCCAUUUUAGUGCUGUCUUUUUAAUAUUUCUAGACCUGUUAAAUCCUAAUCUCUGCCAAAAAUGAAAAGCAUAAAGAACUUAAACUCAAAUACAAAUGACACAGAAAAUACACCAAUUCCGAAUACUUGUUUUCAUACUUGUUUCCCUUCUAAAUAGAAGUUGGUGUUCUUUUUCUGUGACUGUAAAUAAAAGUAUCUGGUCCAAAGUCGGGCUGUGUGGCUUUUACACGUAUAUGCAGAUCUUCAUGAUUUCAGAAAGGGAUACAGUCUGUGAGAUGUUGGUAUUUUACUCUACGCAACUUACAUGCUGUGGGAGUGAGAUUGCCAUUUUAGAAAUUGGGUUUUAGAGCUCAUGGCAAGAAUAUGUGUUGUCAUUUAUGCCACCAGUGAUUUUCCACAGAAAGAACCUGGGCUAGGCAGUUUUUUCUUAAAUAUUUAUGUUCAUUUCAUUUAAAAUGCCAGAGAAAUAGACUGAGGAAGAUCUUACGCACACUGGUUCACCCGCCCACCCAGCUUCAGCAGCUAGGGCGAGUCCAGGCCAGCCACGAGAUGCCAAGGACCAAAAACCUGGGCCGUUUCUGCUGCCUCUCAGUGCACAGAACUGGGCACUGCAAAAUGGAUUGUGGGUGACCCAACCAGUGAUUUCAACUGCUAUGACAAA